CGUGACGUCAUCGAGCAUGAAGGCAGUGUAGUGCGUUUGAUAUACAAGUUUCCUUCAAAGCUGUGAUCACGGUUACAAAUAUGUGCGGCUUCGACAAACAGAAGGGUCCUGGGAGGCUGAUGAAGAAAGGAUUUACCCUCAUUGUAGUUGGUCAUGUUAAUUUCAUCCUGAGUGCUAUUGUUCAUGGCAAUGUGUUACGACACAUUUCCAAACCCAGCAAUGAGAUUACAACUGAGUAUACUAUAUCAAACAUCAUCUCUGUUACCUCAGGACUACUGAGCAUCGCAAGUGGAAUUGUCGCCAUACUGGUGUCCAGGAAUAUUACCAACUUGAAGCUACACAUUGGUCUGUUGGUGAGCUCAUGCCUGAAUGCCCUGCUCUCGGCAGCAUGUUUUGUGGGGCUGCUUUUGGCAAUCAGCCUCACCAUUUCAGACGACGGGUCCAUCCUCAUGAAAGGAUGCAAUUCCACUAACAUGCGCGUGAAUGCACGUUCUCCGAUCAUCGUCGACUGCCCUUUCGAUGCCACCCGCAUCUAUGACACAACUCUGGAGCUAUGGUUCUUCUGUGCUGGGUUUACUGCCGUAGAGGCCACACUGUCUGUGUGGUGUUUUAUUGUGGGUCUCACUUUAAGAGGAAUCGGACCCUGUGCACAUACUUACAUCAGAGAGCAGCUGGAAGAGGAGGCUCUGGCAUCAACAGGAAACACAACUCAAGGCCAACAUCUCAUUAGACACCAUUCUGCCAGCGUUUAGAAUUGAUAUUUAUUUUAUAUUUGAAAAUAAGGUGGAACUUUUACAUGGCUUUUUGAACACUAUUGCAUUCAAGUUUAUUCAAAGUAAUCAUACAGAUUACAGUUUUCAAUAAUGUGUAUCAUUCUAAACUUGUUGUAUUAACUGAUGGUGAUAUUAGUUGUAGUCUUUGUAGAUGAUAUGAAGCACUCCAGCACAUUAAUGUUAAUACACUUAAUCAGGCAGUAUUUGUAUUGAUAUAUUUUAAGUUUGCAUAUUUGAACUUGCAUCACUAAUCAUUGGAACAACAACCAAAAAAACAUCAUAGUCUAUACUGAUUGUGGUCUUUCCUAUAUGCUGACGUGUUUGCAACUCUUGUUUACAUCAUAACUUUAAACCACUGGCACACACAACUUGUGUGUAAUUUUAAAAAUAUGUUGAUGUCUUUUUCAAAAGCAACCAUUCAAAUCCUUUUUUGAAUAUAGUAUGCUACUAUAAAUGUAAACAACACUAAAUUUAAUGUUGUUGUUGUUGUUGUAUGGAAUGCUUGCACUGUUUGAACUACCUAAUGUAUCCUGAAGUAAAUUCUCUUUAGUUAGUUGUAGCCAUCAAAAUUCCAGUGUGUCAGUAUGCAGGCCAGAGCGCGACGAGUGAGAAGUUAAUCUGGGUUGGAAUGAAUGAUGCCGAGUAAAUCUCACACUCAGAAAUAAUCCAGUGUGAUGAAAGGAUUUAAAUAAAUAUUGACAGAGAGAUGUGACUUAUACUGUCAAAACAAUGCGGGAUUUCUCUCUAUAAGACACAUUGCAUUUCACAUUAUAUUUCAUUUCAGUGUUCUGUGUGUUUGUUUGAAGAGAGCUGUAAUUUUGUUUCAUUCUUUCAAUGCUGAAUAGUGACUCU